AUGAAGUUCUCCCUCCUCAGUGCCAUUGCCCUCUUCGCGGCGGUGGCCACCGCACAAACCAACAACGCCAUCGCGGUCAUCGACGAUCGCGUUCGUUCGCUCAACGAGGUGUCUGAACCCGAAGGCGAUGACGACAUCCACGCCAACCUCGCUUGCCAGGAACAAAACGCCGACUACAUCCCGUCCCUCAAGGCCGGACAGUACUCGACCAGUGCGUUCCACAACUGCUUCCGCACCUUCCAACAAAUCUACGAGUUCACCGAUGCGUUGGCCGCCCAAAACCCGACGUUGUUGAGCAGGUUUGCCAUCUCCAAGACGUACUGGAACAACACGAUUUACGGAUACAAGUUGUCCAAGGACAAGGGCCAUUCGCAGUCGCUGUACUUUCAAUCCCAGCUACACGCCCGCGAAUGGGCCGCGGUGUCGUCGGUUGUGUUCUCGUUG